CGUGGACCUGCUGCAGCGUCCCAUUCACAGCAGCAGAGGGCAGACUGACCAUUACCUUGUGUGGCCUUUUGUUGGGGUCAGGUUUGUUGAGCCAUGAGGGUGAGGUCUUAACAGGAAGUCGGUAACAGAUAUUUUAUGGCGGAUUCUUUUGUCCGAUGAUGGGCUCAGGCAUGCUGCGCGGUUAAAACGUAAAGAAGUCGAUUUCUGCAGCGGGGAAAAGUGAAGUUUCUCCCUCGGGUUGAUUUUUGCGGGGUUACUGCGGUCGGUUUUUGCAGUAACCCCAGAAACGGCGCAACAAGUACUUUACUUUUCAUGCGCUCAUUUCGGUGCUCGGACGCUUGAAGUUGUGACUUUCAGCAGGAUUUCUCCUCAGCUGCCGAUCAGCCAUUGUGACCGUCAGAAAGGGGCAAGGACUUCUGCUGCAUCAGCUCCGUAUGAGGAAACAAACACUUGGAUGCUCCGUGAGGGAAGCUGUCCCGGAUCGACCAAGAAUGGAGUAGAAACACUUUGUUUUCUCGGGCUUUUAAAUGUGCCUUAAGUUUCUCAGCUGAACAAUAAUGGCCCGAUAGAUCACUUUCCGCAGGAGUUAAAUGUAAAAGCAUCUGCUUGUCGGAGGAAGCGGCUUGGUUUGAUAUUUGCCAUUCAACAAGUCUUUGCGUCCGAGGGAAGGAUGACAUCCCAACAAACCUGGGCUCAGAUCAUCACGUCCGCGUCCUUACUCUCCCUGGUCUUGUGCAGCGCGGUGCCAGAUGACCCAGAGGAAGAACGCUUCAGCGCCGAGGCAUGGCUCCGUAAAUUCGGCUACCUGUCUCAAGCCAGCAGGCAGAUGUCCACCAUGCAGUCGGCUCAGAUUAUGUCCAAAGCUAUCAGCGACAUGCAGCGCUUGUAUGGACUGGAGGUGACCGGGAAGGUGGACUCUGCUACGCUCGCGGCCAUGCGGCGGCCUCGUUGUGGCCUCCCUGACAGAAAGCCCGAGGAUCUGGUUGACAGGAAGAAGCGCUACGUUCUGACUGGGCAGCGCUGGGACAAAGAUCACAUCACCUACAGUAUAAUGGACCAAAACAUGCCCCCGUCCCUGGGAGAGGAACGGACGUACGAUGCGAUCCGCAAAGCCUUCGGUGUUUGGAGACGAGUCACGCCGCUCACCUUUGAGGAGCUACCACCUGGACACGGCGUCAACAGCAGCCAGACGAAGCUCGCCGAUAUCCUGCUGCUGUUUGCCUCCGGUUUCCAUGGUGAUAUGUCACUGUUCGAUGGCGAGGGUGGGUCUCUGGCCCACGCCUACUAUCCCGGACCGGGAAUAGGUGGGGACACGCACUUUGAUUCAGAUGAGCCUUGGACACUUGACAACGAAAACCCGAAAGGUAUAGAUCUGUUCCUGGUUGCGGUUCAUGAGCUCGGUCACGCUCUGGGUCUGCAGCAUUCGGAUAACCCCAGAGCCACAAUGGCUCCUGUCUACCAGUGGGUCCACACACAGAACUUCACGCUCCAUGAGGAUGACAUCAGAGGCAUACAGCACAUAUAUGGUCCUCCCCUCAUCACAGAUGCUUCGCCUACUUCUCCGCUCGCCCCUGACGAUGAACCCAGCGUCGACUCCCCCACCUCCCCUUCUGUCCCAGAAGAAGAGCCCACCACUUAUUCUCCAGCCGAUGCCCCACGCGUCCCGACGGACGCCGACCCGGAUCCUCCGGCCCAACCCGAACCGAGCCCCGGUCCCACCUCGCCUCCCAUCCUCCCUACCUCCACCACCACCCAAUCCCCGCCUGUGCCAGAACCCGUCACUCCACGGAAAGACAUCCCUCCUCCUCCUCGGCCUCCCAAGCUGCCAGACAACCAGCCCCCUGACAUCUGCGAUGGAGACUUUGAUACAGUGACCAUGCUGAGGGGGGAGAUGUUUGUCUUCAAGGGUCGUUGGUUCUGGCGGGUUCGGAGGAACCGCGUCCUCGAUAAUUACCCCAUGCCGAUAUCUGUAUUCUGGAACGGUCUCCCCACCGACAUUGACGCAGCGUACGAACGUCACGACGGCAAAUUUGUCUUUUUUAAAGGUGACAGAUUCUGGCUGUUCAGGGAGGCUGACGUGAUGCCAGGGUACCCACAGCCCUUAUAUCACUAUGGAAAAGGCGUUCCUCCACACGGGAUCGACACAGCGAUCUGGUGGGAGCCCAACGGGCACACGUACUUCUUCUCUGGAGACAGGUACUGGCGAUACAACGAGGAGACACGGACCACAGACCGCGACUUCCCCAAACCAAUUAGCAGAUGGGGCAGGAUCCCUCCCUCCCCUAAAGGAGCCUUCCUCAGCGAUGAUGGGGCUUACACCUAUUUCUACAAAGGCACCAACUACUGGAGAUUUGACAAUCGCAGAUCCGAAGCAGACAAAGGCUAUCCCCGCUCCAUCCUGAAGGACUUCAUGGGUUGCGUGGGAGUCCCCGACCCGAAGCCCGACGCAGACGCCGAGCCGGAAGACAAACCGGUCGAGCCUUCAGACCGAGGCAAAGACGAGCACAAAGAGCCAGACAGAGACGCAAACUCGGAGCGAGAGGAGACCGCUAAGCCUGACAGCACAGAGGAAGAGGAGGACAAAGACGUGAACGUGGUCGUGGCUGUGGCUGACAAUGAAUCAAAGGUCAUGACCCUGAUUAUGGUGGUCGUUCCCCUGGUGCUCAUCCUGUGCAUCCUCGUCCUAAUCUAUGCCAUCCUCAGGACUCUUCAGAACAAAGAGACACCGAGGGCCUUGGUGCACUGCAAGCGCUCGCUGCAGGACUGGGUGUGACGCUCGAGUCGAAGAGAGAGUUCAGGUGUCCGUCGUUCAUCUGGUGCAGCCGCCCAGUUUUUACUUUUGGCGUUAGAGGAAAAGAAGCUUUGAAAAAGCUGACGAUGGGCCCGUUAGUCAUUGGGAGAACUUUCACUGCUCGUGUGACGUGAUAAAAAAAUUGUGAAUUCAGCGCCUGUGGAGCUUUAGCUCGGCCACAGGUUUUUCUACUGUGCCUCUCUCUGUGCCUUCCAAAAGUCUGAAAAGGCCCCCCCCCCCAAAAAACCCCUUUCUUUAAAAUAAGUUUUCACCAGGGAUGUGUGAUUGCAUCAAUUCCAACUGGACUGAGGACGUUUGGGGGAUUAUUUGUAGUGUAAAUGCAGACCAAGUCUUUCGAGCACAUAUAUUAGAAGCACCGUCACAUAAACACGUUUGCUUGCAUUAAUAAGAACAAGCUUUUUAAUGAAGAUGCUUCAGCAGCGUUUCUUCUGUUUAGAACAGAUCGUUUGCACUUUGCCGUCUCUGUUGUGCUGUUUGCGUCUCUGCAGGCCGAGCUCGUCCUCCAACAGCGCAGGAAUGUUCGACAGCUGCGUGUCCAUGACUUGCCCGCUUCCCACUGAGCCCAUUAUGUCUGACCUUUCCUGCACACAUGACACACAUUAGCUCAAAAACAGCUUGUAUCUGCACUGAUUUGUGCAUGCAUGUUCGCUCAUCCACCCGCAGCACGUAGCUUUUCUUUUCUUUUCGUGCACAGACACUUAGGCUCCAGCCUCCCCUCCUCCUGCCGCAGCCUCUUGCAGACUGCAGCGCUACAAACACGAUCCCAGCGGAGACGUGCUGAUAUACGGCCGGUGCCGGCGUUAGGAUUUAUUCGCCUUUUUAUGAGCGCUGUCGAGAAUUAUCGAGGUCUUUUAUAAAAUCUGCAGUGUCAGCCUGUGGAGAGUGAAAAAGCAACUGUGUCCUCUUUUUAUGUCUCUAUUGCUUUUUUAAUGCUAAACAGAGUUAAAGCUAAUUAUGUCUACGAGGGAGAGGCCUGAAUGGGUGAGGGUCUGGUUUCCAUUAAGGCCACAUGUUGCAGAUUUAGGGCCGUCAGGCAUGAGGGGAGGCGGGGGAGUCGGGAAAAAUGCAGAAGGGGGAGUUAUAAAAAGUGAUGGCGGUGAGUAAAGAGUAGAAGGGAAAUGAGAGGGAAGGAGAUGAGGAGAGGGAGGGCUCUGUCAGUGUUUCCUCAGGUUUCUGCAUAAAAGGACGAGCGAGCGAGGGAAGGAAGGAAGGAGAAAGGGAGGUUAGAAGGAUUUAGAGGAGGCGCAAUGCUGGCGUUGUGCCUCCUGACCUACAUUGGGCCACUCGAGUCCGCUUCUCCUUUUCAGCUCUUGUUUCUGCUGCGCUCUGUUUUCACGGCUACAGAUGACUGUCUGCUUUUUCUCUGCUCGCUUUUCUUUCUUUCACUCAUGUAUUUUCCCCGGUGUGUUCAUUUUCUCCUCCACUCUUCUGGAAAGUCAGCUCAAGCAUAUACAAGAUAAUGAAUCCACAGAAGCAUCUGCAGGACGGGAUCUCGUCUUAUUGUCUUUCCCGGCUCAUCGAUCAGCAUUUUAAACUUGUUAACCUUUGCAUCGAGUUUCGUUGUGACUUGUUUUCCCUCCUGUGGAAACUGCGGCGGCGUUUUUUUAAAGAACUAUAUAGAUAGUACGGGGAAAGGAUUUCUUACUUUUUUUUUACAUUAUCAUUUGUAGUUUUGCACAUUUUGUGUGCAUUCAGAUGUUUUGUUAGAGCAGCAGUAGAUUUUUUUUUGAUGAUGAUGAUGAUGAUGCAUGCAGGGCAUGUUCGAUAAGGCCUGUGCACUCCAGUGUAGAGUACAUUAAAGGUUUCACAUAAAACUCAAAUAAAAAGCAACACGAGUCGUCUUUGCUGCUGCGUGUUUCCAAGCUGUGUCUGAAACUUCAAGUUCAGCAGUUUUAUUCAUACUUUUGGCCACAAGAGGGAGUCGUUGCUCCAGGAAAUGGUGAAAACUUGAUCUCACAAAACUGCAUUUUUUUUUCCUACUUAAAUCUUUAAUAUUAUGAAUGUAUGUCGAUGUUGAAUAAUAAGAAUCUUUCAAAUGAAAUAUCUUUGUUGCAUUUAUUUA